ACUAUUCUGCCAAAAAGUGUGGUGCUGUAAAAAAUUUUGAUUCGUUUGUUCUGACAAAUAAAAUAUUUAGUUGUAGAAUGAAGCAUGCUUUUACUAAACAGUUUUGCCUCUCGCUUUUGAAGAAAUCUCUCGGUAUGGGCGGUCAAAAAUUUACUUACCUGGUUAAACAUGUGGGCUUGGCAGGAGUUAUAGUUAUAUGACCUUCCCUGUUUUGUCGUGAGUGCUUAGCAUACGCACGAAUAAAUGCAGACUGGAUUUCCUACUAAAUUGUCAAAGAUAUGAAAAAAAGGGUUAUUUGGACUGUCUGUAAUUUGGCUAAUUAAAUUUUGGUCAAUUUUUUGCAACUUUGACAGCUUUGUGUCCGAGGACUUUCUUUACCUUGCUACCUGCUUCGAACCCUGACAUUUCCCACUUGGCAAAAAGGUGUCGAAUCCGUAUGAUUCAACCUUAUCAUCGUGAACGACAAGGAGUCGGAAUCGUGUUUUGUGACAACCGACUAGCUAUGUAAUCAUUUAGCCCAAAAAUUACACAUAAUUUAUAAGUGUCAAAUUCUGUUUACAAUAAAAGUACGGAAGUCAAUUUGCAAGGAGUUUUGAGCUGGAAUUGUUGUAUGGAAGCACAUGAUCAAUUUGAUUUCCUCUUCAAGAUAGUAAUACUGGGAGAUGCUGGAGUUGGAAAAUCAUCCUUGCUUUUACGAUAUGCGGAUGAAUUGUUCAAUCCCGUCUAUAUCAACACAAUUGGAGUCGAUUUUAGGAUUCGCACACUUCUGGUGGAAGACAAGCUAAUCAAACUGCAAAUUGGCAUUACCGUACGAGUACUUACGUUCCAGUGGGACACCGCAGGGCAAGAAAGAUUUCGGAACAUUACGGCUAGCUUUUACCGCGGCUCCCACGGUAUUAUCCUAACAUUUGAUCUAAGUAACAAGGAGAGCUUCCUUCGCCUAGACAAAUGGCUGGCAGAGUUGGAGCGCAACGUUGGACAUAACGUGAUACGGGUCAUGGUCGGUACAAAAAGUGACCUUGUCAGUCGCCGGGAAGUCAGUUACACACUUGCCAGAGCAUACAGCGAAAAAAUGAAACUGGCUUACGCCGAAACAAGCGCCAAACUCAAUUUGAAUGUGGAUGAGCUUUUUCUAUACAUGGCAAAAGAAAUUCUAACCAAAGUAAAAUUAGGGCUAAUAGAUACGAAUGACAAAAAAAUUUCUGAGGAGACACAAACAGUAAGCGUGGUGAAUACGGAAACGGAGAAACCCCGCAAAAAGUCAUGCUGCUAAAUACGUAAUAACCUUUGCCAAUUACUGUGUGUUGUGCUUACUUUAAACUUAAAAC